AUGACUCCCAAAUCCCACAGCCUCUCCGCGUGCCACCGCCACCCCACCGCCCCCAUCACCGGCUUCUGCGCCCUCUGCCUCCGCGAACGCCUUGCCGGCAUCCCCUCCGACCACUCCCCUCCCCCUCCCCACCUCCGCCGCUCUAAAUCCUGCUCCCGCCCCACCACCGCCGAUGCCAUCCCCGACCCACGCCGACGCUCUUGCGAGGCGCGUCCCCGCAGCUCCCUUUCCGAUCUCUUCACCUGUGACGACACCCGAAAAACCCGCUCCCACAAACCCGCCGUCGAGGUUAGGGUUUCCGACGACGAUGCCGCGGAGGAGACGAAGACGGUGAAGGAGUUCAUAGAUCUCGAACUACAGUUUCGCAAGAGGAAUACUGCCAGGGAUUCUAGAACCUUCUGGAACGUCGCUGCGGAGAAGUUCAAGAAGUGGACAUGGAAACACAGGUCCAAGAAAAAUGCUGACGCUGGUAAUAAUGAUAAUAAUGCAAAGAGAAAUGCGGAGAAGCGAAGAGCGCGGCGAUUGAGAGAGACUCAAUCGGAGGUAGGUGAAUGCAAUUUGGCUAGAAGAUCUUGCGACACGGAUACGAGGUUUUCGAUUGACGCGGGAAGGAUCUCGUUCGAUUGCCCUCGCGCUUCUUGGGAUGGAUGUUUGAUUGGAAAAUCGUGUUCUAGGCUUUCCCCGAUGCUUUCACUCGACGAAGAUUCCAAUUCCAAUAACAGCAACAGUAACAGUGUUGGUUUGGAAAGUUCUAGCGAUGGUAGAAGGAGUUUUGGUUUUGAUAGAUCAAGAUCUCGUAGGAGACAGUCAAUUGCAGGGCUUGAAGAGUUAAAAUUGAUGUCAAAUGCAAAUGUGAAUGCGAAGGUGUCGCCGAAGGUGUCUCCGGCCACCUUCUAUGGUGCCAAGUUACUCAUCACUGAAAAAGAGUUGAUGGAUAGUUAUGUGAGAUCUUCUGCUGAUGCUGUUGAAUCUGGUUGUGUGAUGGAAUCUGAUUCCAAGGAUGUUUCAGAUGUGACCACAAGGCAAAAGAGUGUCAAGAAGUUGCAGAAAUGGCGCGAUGUGUGGAGCAAGUUGGGUUUAGUUCAGAGAACUGAGAGAAGGGAGGAUAGGAUGGGGGAAGAAGAGUGUGAUUCUAGGGUUGUAGUCGAUAAGCCACUUGCAGAGUCUUUGCAGAGGCUUAGGAGGGUGGUUAAUGUGCAAGCAAGUGAGCCUGUAAGUCAGAAGCUUAUGCGAAGCUAUAGCGUUAGCUGUAGAAGCCCUUGUAGAACGGAUGGUUUCGCCGAUGAUUCUGAGAGCAAAGGGAGUGUUCUGAAUGGGAAACAUGAGUUUAUGUUUCAGAGGAACCGAAGUGUUAGAUAUUCGCCAAAUAAUCCUGACACUGGCUUGUUGAGGUUCUAUUUGACCCCAUCGAAGAGCUACAAGAGAAGCAAGGCUGGAAAGAGUAGUGUUAAGGAUUUGCAUCCAGCAGGCAGAAAUGGGUUGUGA